UUCGUCAGCAACGCAGUCCAAGUCAAAGGCCGCCUGGAAACGGUUCGUAAGGAGUGGGACAGAGAGGAUUAAAGUAAAAACUAAACAUUGCAGAAUACUGGUAAAUCAAAACAAGCCUUCAGAAACAGACCUUCAACAAACAAUAAUGCUUGGGAAGACGUGGAUCGCCUAAAACCUUUGGUAAACUUGACUGUUGGAGGAGUCUAAAGAUUUUUGUUUCGAUCUGGGGUACACGGGAAUUUGGAGCAGCCGUUCUUGUGUUUGAGAUGUGUGCCGCUUUCGUCGGAUGUUUCCGAACUGCAGUCUGUUGAGCUGCAAGGCCUCGGAUUGGAGUAUUGACCAUAAAAAAGUGGACGCAAUUCAGAUUUGGCUAAAGGAGUUUUCGGAGUUGGCCGCCGCCCCCUUGUCGGAUUUAAGCCCCGCCUCACCGAAGACAGCCAUGGAAUCGACGGUCGAUGACGACGCGAUGGAAGCGUGAAUGAGGUUUGGCGCGGUGAGAGCUGAACGAUGCCCAAAAGUGGGGGUCCUAAAACGCCCCAGCUGGAGGAUUUCUCACUCAACACCGACAUGGUGGAGAAGCAGGCGGGGAAGAAGGAUAAAGAUAAAAUCUCUUCAAACAAGACUCCCAAACUGGACCGAGGGGAUGGAGGGAAGGAGAUGAAAGAGAAGGCUCCGAAGAGGAAGCUGCCCUUCACAGUCGGAGCCAAUGGAGAGCAGAAAGACUCGGACUCGGAGAAGCAAGGCCCGGAGCGGAAGCGCAUUAAAAAGGAGCCCACCAACACCAGGAAGUCGGGCCAGGCGUUCGGGGUGGGCGUGCCGGGGAUCCGGACCGGGUACCCACUCUCCGAGCGGCAGCAGGUGGCUCUCCUCAUGCAGAUGACGGCUGAGGAGUCGGUUAACAGUCCAGAAACAACGCCAAAGCACCAGUCGAGUCUGGGUCAGAAGGGAACACCAAACUCCGCCUCUAAAACCAAAGACAAGGUGAACAAGCGCAACGAGCGGGGCGAGACGCGGCUGCACCGGGCCGCCAUCCGCGGCGAGGCGCGCCGCGUCAAGGAGCUCAUCAACGAGGGCGCCGACGUGAAUGUCAAAGACUUCGCAGGCUGGACCGCGCUCCACGAGGCCUGUAACCGUGGCUACUACGACGUGGCCAAGCAGCUGCUGGCGGCCGGGGCGGAGGUCAACACCAAGGGCCUGGACGACGACACGCCUCUACACGACGCGUCCAACAACGGCCACUUCAAGGUGGUGAAGUUGCUCUUGCGUUAUGGCGGGGACCCUCGUCAAAGCAACAGAAGAGGAGAAACGCCGCUGAAAGUGGCAAACUCCCCUACCAUGCUGAAUCUCCUACUUGGCAAAGGCACUUAUACGUCCAGUGAGGAGAGUUCUUCAGAGUCAUCAGAGGAAGAGGAUGCGCCUUCAUUUGCUCCAUCCAGCUCUGUUGAUGGCAAUAAUACAGACUCUGAGUUUGAAAAAGGUCUGAAGCUGAAAGGAAAGGGCCUUGAUCCGCCUAAAUCAAUAGCCACACCUAUAAAGGACGAGUAUGAGUUUGACGAGGAUGAUGAGGAGGAGCGCGUGCCUCCCGUUGAUGACAAACACCUGCUCAAGAAAGAAUUUCGCAAGGACUCUGCUACCAAGGCCAACAGCUUAAUUGCCAUCCCCAAAAUGGAGGUCAAAACUUAUUCCAAAACCAACUCGCUGACACCAAAGAAGGCCGCAAGGCGCAUCCUAUCCGACACCAACAGCUCGGACGAAGACGAGCGAACCGUGUGUUUCACCCAGACACCGGUUGCACGGCAACCAGCCCCAGCAGCUAAUUCUAAAAGCCGGGAAUCUGCUGCCAUGACCUCCAAGCAGCAGAAGGAGAAGAGCAAGGUUAAGAAGAAGAGGAAGAAGGAGACGAAAAACAUUGCUGGCAAGGAGGUGCGGUUUGGCAAACUCAAUAACAAGUUCUGCACCUCUGAGUCAGAGAGUGGGGACGUGGAGAGUGAGGAUGACAAGGGCUCUGUGCAGAACUCAAACUGCAUGAAGGACUCCGCUGCCUUGGGCCAGAAACAGUCGUCCAUCUUUGGCUCUCUCUCUGCUUCCUCCUCUUCGUCGCAUGGAAGCUCGGGCUCCCAGAAACUGAUGCAGUCGCUGGCGGAGCAGCACCCGAAGCAGUGGAGGACAGACGGCUGGAAGACCGUGUCCUCCCCGACCUGGUCUGACGUCAGUUCUCUCUCUGACUCGUUCAGGACACGGAUAUCCAGCGAGUCGGACUACUCAUCAGCGGACUCGAGCGUGGAGUCUGUGAAGGAGGUGAAGAAGAAGCCACAGGACAGCAGGAAAAAGAACAAUGCCACGCACAGCAGCAUUUCAGAGAAAAAGAGCUCCUCUGAUUUCUAUAAGGCCUCUAAUGCGGAAGGGGCGGUCUCAAAGACAGACAAAGACGGCAAGGUGUUGAAAAAGCAUAAGGUAAAGCACAAACACAAAAACAAAGAGAAGGAAAAGGCCCCAAGUCUGGUGCUCAACCAGGACAUGAAUGAGAAAUUUGUCAAAAGCUUUUCCUUUGAUUUUGAUGACGCUCAAAAGUCCCUCAUCGUGGACACAGAGUCUGCUGCAGAAAACAAAGUCAAGCUCUCAAAACACGAUAAAGAUCAUUUAAAAAAGGAAGAGCGGAUGUCUAAGGGCAAGGCAGAGGAAAAGGACUGGCCUUGUGGAAAAGACACAGUAAGAACUGCUAAAGAGGAGAAAUCCAAGAAGUCAAAGGAGUCUACCAAGGAAAAGAUGAUCAAGGAGGAGAAGGAAAAAACCUUCAAAGCAGAAAAAGAAAGAAACACAAAGGACAAAGAGAAGCCUAAGGAGGACAAGCAGAAGACCCACAAAGAUGAGAAAAAGAAAAAAUCCAAGGACAAGUCUUCUAAAGUGGACAAAAGCAAUGAAUUAAAAGAGGAUAAACAUCUAAAAUCAGAGAAAGAGAAAAAUGGUAAGGAGGAGAAAGAAAAGUUGAAAAAAGAAAAGGUGCCCAAAGAUGAGCCAGAUUAUGAGGACUAUGAUAUCACGAGUCGUUUUUUAGAUUUGGAUGACAGCAAACUCAGUGCCUCAGAUGACCCCAAUGACCGAUGGGAGUCUGACCUGUCUUCAAGCUCGUCUCUCUAUGGAGAUGACAGCUGGGAUGCUCCUGUAAAGGAAUAUAAAGAAUACAAAGCCAACAAUGCUGUCAAACUGAUUGUUGAGACUAUGAAAGAGGAGAACCGAGAUCGGAGAAAGGACAACAAAGUCAAAGACAGGAAAUUGGAGCACAGUGAAAAAGAGAAGAAAGAGCCUGCCUCCAAAAAGAAAGAAAGGGACUCAUCAGAAAAGGUCGGUGAAAAGAAAAAGGACUCUGAUAAACAGAAGCUAAACUCCACCUACUUACCUGAAAAAGAGAAGAAAAGGAAAGAGUCUGCAGAAAGCAUUAAGGAGAAAAAAGAUAAAGAUUCUAUGGACAGUACCAGGGAAAGGAAAGACACCUACGAGUUCACUAAAGAGAGGAAGGACUCCAAAAUGAAGCAAGAUGAUAUGUCCAGAGAUGAGUAUGGAUGCGAUGCCUUUUUCAAAGACAAAUCUGAGAGUGAGACUGCUGUCAAAUCAUUGGAGCUCAGAGAGAGGAACCACUCUGCGAAGGAGAAGAAAGGAGAAGCUACAGAAAAGGAAAAGAAAGACAAAUCUAAUAAAGGAGACAAACACAAAGAGAAGCCUAAAGAUAGGAAUUUCCUGGAUUCUGAAAAAGAGAAAGCAGAGAAAACCUCCACAGAAAAAGCUCCUAAGGAGAAAGAUGUAGACAGAGGCUCCAAGGACAAAAAGGACGGAACAAAAGACAAGCACAAAGACUCUCACAGUAAAGACAAGGAGAGGAAAAUGUCCUUGGAACAGAGCAAAGACAGGAAGGAGAAGGACAAACACGUGGACAAAGAGAGGGACUUCCUGGAGGCAAAGAGAGAAGAGCGAAAACCUGAAAAGGUGCGAGAAAAGACCUGGUACAAAAUCGCUGACAUCUUCACUGAUGAAAGUGAGGAUGAGGAGGAUGACACGUACAACGGAGGGGUACUUAAGCUCAGUGAUUCCCUUGGCCUUUCAGAUCCCCACCGCAAAGACUCCACACCGGACCCAGAUGAGAUGGAGCUCUUUCACAGUGACAAGCAUAGGAAGUACUCCGCAGACAGCAAGCAGCACUCCAUGGAGAAAAUUAAAGAGAAGGAUUACAAAGACAAGAAGAAAGAAAAAACCUUGUUUGAUGGUGGAAAAGACAGAAAGGGCUCUAUAGAUAAACACAAAGACAAAAAGGAGAAGGAGUCUGUGGAUGGAAAGCAUAAGGAGCGCAAAGACAAGGCGACUGUUGACUCCAACCAGGAGAAGAAAAGUAAGCAGAAGAUGAUGGAGAAGAGACACUCUGGGGAUGAGAAGCAAAAGGGCAAGUAUAAAGACAAGCCUGACAAGGAGUAUCCUAAGGACAGGAAGCCCUCUAAGGGAAAUGGCGAGAAUGAGAAAUCCCUACUGGAGAAGUUGGAGGAAGAGGCCCUGAAUGAUUACAAGGAUGACUUCAAUGACAAGAUCAGUGAGAUCUCCUCAGACAGCUUCACUGACCGAGGCCAUGAUCUCAGCAGUUUGUGUGACUCUUCCAUCAGCCUUCCAGACAUCACGGAAGACAGGAGGGACUCGCUGUCCAUAUCCUACCCCCAGGACAAGUUCAGAGAAAAGGAACGACAUCGGCACUCAUCGUCCUCCUCCUCCAAGAAAAGCCAUGACAAAGAAAAGGACAAAAUCAAAAAGGAGAAGACCUUUGACAAGCGAGAUAAGUCAGAGGAGAUUAAAGAGACAUACGGACGUAGAGAGAGCCUGCCCUUUGAAAAGGAAUCCAUGCCUCUAGAGGCUGACCCCUAUACUUUCCCAUAUGGGACCAAGCCUGAUGGUGAGGAUGAUAUAGACAAGACGCUAGAGUUUGAAAAAGAGAUGUCCAAAAAAGCAGACAAGGAUAAGGCUGGGGGCAUCAUCGCCACUGAGAAGAUCAAAGACAAAAAGAAAAAAGAGAAACACAAGGAUAAAGUUAAAGAGGAUAAACAUAAAUAUACAGACAGCUUUGGUUCAUUUAAACACUCAAAGGAAGAUCAGAAAUCUGGUCUGAAGGAGAGUCCCCAAAUAUCUAAUUUGAAGGAGAAGUCCAAAGAAGACAGCCCCAAGUUUGACAUCCGAAACAAGGACAGAACCAAGGACAUUUUGGACAAGGACAGCAGGAACGAUCACACAAAGUCCAGGUCAAAAGAGGAGAGUGACCGGUUGCCUCAGUCCAGAGAUGCAACACGAAAAGACAACCGUCCCCGGGACAAGCUGCUUGUUGAUGGUGUUCACAGGUUGACAAGCUUUGGGAAAAUGCUCUGCGAGAAGGACCUAGAGAUUGAAGAGCGUCAUAAAAGGCACAAGGAGAGAAUGAAACAGAUAGAGAAGCUGAGGCACAGGUCUGGUGAUCCCAAACUGAAGGAUAAAGCCAAGCCUGGUGAGGACCUGCGUAAGAGUCGCUCUGACCUGGCAUCUAAAAAAUUAAGUUCUUUAGACACCAUGUUAAAGGAGAAGAAGUCCAAAGACCUUGGGGUUCCAACUCAGAUGAUGUCACCUGAGAGAAAAUCUCAGCCUGCUGAUAACCAGAGCUCUAAAGACUGGCUUAUGGGACAUCAAAUAAAGGAGAACCUCCCUGCUUCUCCACGACCAGACCAGAACAGGCCGACUGGUGUGCCCACACCCACAUCUGUAAUCUCUUGUCCUAGUUAUGAAGAGGUCAUGCAGACCCCGCGCACUCCUUCUUGCAGUGCAGAGGACUACCCCGACCUCAUGUUUGAUGGCAUAGACUGCCAGAACUCAUCCGCUAUGAGCAUGUCCAUGAAUGCUUGCUCUCCAUCCUUCUUUGACAGGUAUUCCAACACGCCGCAUGGAUUUCAAGAAAAUGCUUGCCUUACCCCCGCAAAGAACCUCCAGAUGCCCGUCCUAAGUCGCUCGGCCUCAGUUGAUGGCAGAAGGCCUUUCGACGAGGAGUUCAAAGUAGACGCUGACAAAUUCCUUCGACAGCAGAGUGUUCCUGCCACAUCUGAGUUUGAGUCUUCCUCAGUCCUUCAUCCGCUAGAGGAGAAGUUAGUCCCGGUGGACAGGCUCGACUGCUCACCUCCCAGCUUUUCACCCCACAUUGGGAGGCCCUCACCUAAGCUGGAGCCAGCUGAGACUGCACUGGAUGGGGUGUCCUCAGCUAUCACUGCUACAGACAGCAGUGAGCACCUUUCUGAUUGUGUCUACAGCAACUUCCUGUCCAAGCCCUCGCCUCCCGUGCACAGACUCGACCCCCAGGAGCCUUGUUUGGACAUCGCUGCCCCGCCCACCCCUGCCCCUGCCGCUCUGCCCCCUUUGGAUAUCGACGAGCUUUCAGAACCUCACCAUCCUCUCCACUUGUCGCCCCACAGUGAGCCCAGCUUUAUCCCCACUGACCCCAUGAGUGGCACAAGCUUCCUGCCCCCAGUUGAGGAGGAAAAAGAUGGGGAGAAUGAGGAAGUGGAUGAAGAAGAAGGGGAUGAGGAUGAGGAUGAAGAAGAACAGGAGGAGGAAGAAGAGGAUGAUGACCCAGAGGAGGUAGCAGAAAGUGAAGGUCACUUAGCUGAGGGGACAGACCCCUUCAGGGAUAACAGCCCCUGCAGUCCACACCUCCUGGAGCCUGAGAAGAAGGAGUGGCUAGAAUCUCCAGGCAGAAGGGAUUUGCCAGACACUCUCCCACUGACACCCACCCAUCCCCCGGUGAGCCUAAUGGAGAACUCCCAUGAUCACUCAGUCAGCUGGACUGUCAACUCUGACAUGCUCCUAAAAUCUCCCCAAAGAAUUGUGGAGAGGCCAAUUGUGGAAUUUCCACCAACCUCAAAGGUCUUCCCCUUACCACACCCAGAAGACAGCCUGCAGCAGCACCUUUCUACAGCAUUAGCCUGUCCCCCAACAGAAACUUCACCCUACUCUGCCUUCCCCAGGGCUUAUUGCCCCCCGCACAUCCCUGAGUCAGACUAUGAAGGGCAGAAAGACCAUGUGGAUGACAUUCCCACCCCAGCAAAACCUGUUACAGCAUCUGUGGAGUCAGAGCCCAUCUUCAUGUCCUCUUCAUCUACCCGGCUGGAGUCUUUCUUCACUGAAUGCAAGCCCAUGCCUGAGCCUCCAUGUUUGACAACAGACAGCAGGCAGGACUCCCUCAGCUAUAUUCCCGAAAGCAGCAUCCCCCCACCUGUGAGCCUUGAGCCGGCGGUGUCCUGGGUGGAUCCUUUUGUUCCUCCAGUGGAUGACUUGGAAGACUUGGGCGCCUUCUCUCUGCCCGACUUGCCCUUACAGGAAAAGGAAAUGCAGGAGCCCGAAGUCACGAACUCAGAACCCCCAGAGAACAAAUGUCCUCCGGCUGAAGUCACAUCUCCAAUCGAGGAGACGAGAGAGGACCCAGACCUAAUGGAGCUGGAGAUGCCUUGCUUAGCCCAGGCCCCCACCUCGCCGGCUGUGGUGCCGUUGAGCGAGCCCACGCGGGAACCCGACUUACCUUUGGAGGACAGCUGCAGAUCUCCGCAGGAUCUGGAGCCAGAACCUCAAAAGGUACCAGAAAAUGACUCCAUUGACAUGGGAGCUCCAGAGGAAAAGGCGCUAUUUGAGGAAAGUGACAGGCACCCACUGCCAUCUGCAGUCGAUGACAGCAGUGACCAGGAGCACUUGGUGAUGGAUCUUGCAGUAAAGGAGCCCACUGCAAUCACUGCUGCACCAUGCCCAGACCUGGUGACGCCUGUGGAAUUGGACGCCAGUCAACAAGCUCCCACCACCACCACAACGCCAGUUCAGUGUAGCCCUGUCCACUCUACAACGGUGACCUCAGUGGACACGCAGUCCAAUGCAGACCAGACAUCCUGUAACUCUAUGGCACCUAAGGCAACAACUGCAUUGCCCAUCAUUGAGGUUCCCAAAAAAGUGGAGGAGAUCCCUCAAAGAAUGACCAGGAACCGGGCCCAGAUGCUAGCUAAUCAGAGUAAGCAGAACUCCGCUGUUCACGCCAGCGUCACAUCGUGUGGCCCAGCUCACAGCACCACUAGCACCACCUCUGUGGUUACCACUUCCUCCAGUCCCACAGAGAAAGAGGAAGCCUCCAUUACCACUACCAUCACCUCCAGCUCAACCGUUGCAGCUCCAGCUGUGGUCAGCAAGAACAAAAGCCGGGCUGCUGAGGAGGAGGACUCCCAGGCUCAGCACCCGCGCAAGAGGAAGUUCCCUCGAUCUGGCCCACAGCAGGUGCAGGUCCAGCUAGUCAACACGGCCAUGCAGCAGACUCGGGAGAUGAUCCAGCAGACCCUGGCCGUCAUCGUCAACGCCAUCAAGCUCGAUGAUAUUGAACCUUACCACAGUGACCGCUCAAACCCCUACUUCGAGUACCUGCAGAUCCGAAAGAAGAUUGAGGAGAAACGCAAGAUCCUGUGCUACAUCACACCGCAGGCCCCACAGUGCUAUGCUGAGUAUGUGACCUACACCGGCUCCUACCUGCUGGACGGCAAGCCCCUCAGCAAACUGCACAUCCCCGUGAUCGCCGCGCCUCCGUCCCUGACGGAGCCCCUGAAGGAGCUCUUCAGGCAGCAGGAGGCGGUGAGAGGGAAGCUGAGACUGCAGCACAGCAUCGAGAGGGAGAAGCUGAUCGUGUCCUGUGAACAGGAAGUCCUGCGGGUGCACUGUCGUGCAGCGAGAACGAUAGCCAAUCAGGCUGUCCCCUUCAGCGCCUGCACCAUGCUGCUGGACUCUGAGGUGUACAACAUGCCCUCUGAGAAUCAGGGCGACGAGAACAAAUCGGUGAGGGAUCGCUUCAACGCCCGGCAGUUCAUUUCCUGGAUUCAGGACGUCGACGACAAAUACGACCGCAUGAAGACUUGCCUGCUGAUGCGGCAGCAGCACGAGGCGGCGGCGCUCAACGCCGUGCAGAGGAUGGAGUGGCAGCUCAAGGUGCAGGAGCUGGACCCCGCCGGGCACAAGUCCCUCUGCGUCAACGAGGUGCCGUCCUUCUACGUGCCGAUGGUGGACGUCAACGACGACUUCGUGCUGCUGCCCGCGUGACAGUGACUCUGCCGCAUGCAGGCUGUCCGGCAUCACCUCUCAAAAAGACAUCCAACAGACCGUAUGGUAAGGGCUAGCCAGUUUGAAAAAAGGAAUUAUUCUUUCUUGAGGAAAAACAAAAACAAAAUCUAUAUUAUAUAUAAAAAUGAAAACAAACAAAAAAAAAAAAACUUGUUUAUGAUUCCCUCCUACGAGAGGAGGCAGUAUCUUUUUACCGGGAAAACACAACUUGCACUUUCAUCCUACAAGUUUUUAAUGCCUUUUCUUUGAGGCUUAGACCCCUCUGUUUGAUUUUAUUUUCCCCUUCUUUUCAUUUUUUUGGAAAAGGAGUUCAUUAAGAGAUUUUGUUCCUUUACUUUUGGUUCCCUUAAAAAAUAAGAUGUUGAUGAUGAUGAUGAAACUGAGGUGGGGGACAGUCCUUGGUGUGCGUGUACAUCAGAACCAUGGCCAGGGUGAGAGAGCGGGGGCUGGGCUGUGCGCUCACUGACCCGCAGUGGCGCCCCCCUGCCCCGCCCCGCCCCGAACCGCAGCCCAUGCUACACUGCAUGGCGGGAAUCCAGGGCUCAGACAGCGGGCCCCCCGCGGCCAGGGGGCGGCGGUGUGCGGGCGGCCCGGCGGCCAGACAGCAGGACCCCAGCUCUGACGGGACAGUGCGGCCGUAGGACUGGGGGUGCGGGGGUUGCGGGUUCGCAUCUGGAGCGAGAAAGAGGCCGCACCCUCAGCUACGCGGCGUCGGACUGAGAGGGGCGGAGAGGGAGACGGGAUCUCGCGCUCGACCUGCAGGAUCAAUCAGCCGCUACCGUUCACUGCAAACAACUGCACAAGGAGGGGGGAGAGGUGGGGGAGGGGCGGGGGGGGGGGCGGGGGAGGGGGAGGGGGAGGGCGGAGACACAGGAAUGUUGACAUUCAGGAGGCAAAGACUUUGAGAAGUGUUUUAUGAAAAUAUUCUUUUUUUUAUUUUUUAUUUGUUUUUCUUUACUUGGGCAUUUCAUUGUUUUCUCUUUUUCUGAGAAAGUGACUUGAAACACUACAGAGCCAAUAUUAGUUUAAAGGAAAAAAAGAAAAUUGAAAAAAAAAAAAUUGUAUCCCGUAAAUUCUGUACAGUUUUUUAUAUACGUUAAACAAUGUAUUCUCGCUGCCUUCUAGAUAAUUUAUUUUGCCACACAUUACUGCACAGUUGUAAAUAAGGUAUGUACUGUAACAUCACUCUCAGUUAGGUGUAAAAAAAAGAGAAAAAAAGGAAAAAAAAAAGAAGAAAAUGAUCUUUGUAUGUACAGAUUAUUCUGGGGCAAUGCUUUUCCCUCGCAAAACAAUGGGCCAAAAUGUGUUCACGUUUUCAGUAUUUUAAAGACCGUCUCCCAUUCAGGUCCACUGUUCUCUUCUGGCCUCGAUCAGAGCCAGGUAGUACCAUCACGACCAGAGAACAUCUACAUCUAACGUUGGAAAAGCCUUCCUUUUUAAAACCUUCCUCCAGACUAUUACAAGUCCACCACAAUCUUAACCGCUUGAUGUAGCAUAAUGGUUAUUAAAUUGUUCAAUGAAUAAUAAAGGUAUAUUAUGUUUUGCAUUAUUACAGAAUUAUCUUACAGAAAGAUUUAACCAAGAAAAUGCCUUUAUACAGUAUAUUUUUAAUUUACCUUGCGCAAGUACAAUUAAGGUACACCGGACAAAAGAUUACUUCAGAUAAUGUAGGAACACGCACACUCUUUGAUCUACCUUCAGAGUCAAUAGAAAUGUCAUAAAUUUAAGAGUCCACUGCAUCAUAAUAUUUAUGUACGUGUAUAACUGUGGCAUUGUAAUGGUCAAAGCAUCCGAGUCUGAGCUUGUGAAUUAAUCAGUGGGUCUAUACACAGAAUAUAUGUCGGAUUAGUGGUUGUAAUUUUCACAAGGGAUGUCUUAACUUGACUGUUUUUUUUUUUUUUUGUUUUUUUUAUCACUGAAAAUUGUGGGGUUUUUAAACUUUUGUUACAGCUUUUCAUUGAGAUGUUCUAGAAAUAUAUUUUGGCCAAUAUACAUUUUAGUAAAAACACUUUCAUACACUGUCCAAUGGAGAGUAGUGGGAUAGAAUCCCAUUUUUAGAUUCACCUCUUUGGCAGCUGUAGAACAAAUACAGAAAGGUUUAAUACACAGUCUGACCCGUUCAAAACUUUUUUCUUCUUUUUUUUUUUGAGUCGUAAUAAUUUAGUUAAUUUUAGCUGCUUUGAGUGUGCUGCCCUGAAGUUCUUGUUCUGUAUCUAAAUCUCAGUUUUGUCUGUUCUGUAUUGUUUUUGUUUGGGAUCUUAAUGGUUUCUCCCAUUCUGAGUAGUUUUAGGAAAGUACAGUUGCAUCUUGCUAUGUCAUUUUCAACACGGCCACAAGGUGGAGCUAAAAACAUUUAUCUUCACGGAAAUGGAACACAACCAGCCCAGUUGUUACAGGCCUUUUAAUUUUUUCCUUUUAAUAUAUAUAUAUAUUUUUUUAAUCCAAACUCCUGGGUUACCAUUCAUCUGCAAGUUUGUUGUUAAAGGUGUAGAAAAAAGGAGAACAGACAGUUUUACCUUUACCCUGUUACCUUGGCCAUUUGAUUGAUAGUAAUUGUACCCAUUUUAUUUCAGAUGGUUUAUUUGAUUGUUAUUGGGUUUGGUUUUAAUUAUUGUUAGUUUCCAGUCUUGCAUUGUUAAAUUGUUCUGUCUACGUGUCGCAUGCUCACGCAUCCAUUUUAUUCUGGGGCUCUGUCGGAACCCACUUUUUUAACAGAUCGUCAGUGGUAUUGUCCUUGGUUUUAAAUGUAGACUCUGUAAUCUCUUACAGAAACACAGCCAAUUAUUGUCAGAAUUGCUCAUGUACUACUGUGGAACCCUAAUAUCUACAUGCAGAAAGGAAAGAUCUCUUAUCUUUCUAUCGGUAAGAUUAGAAUUAAAACUGCAUUAAUUGCCGUUUAUUUUUGUGUUUAAAUGCAGCCUUUUUACAAACGAUUUUAACAGACUUACUUUUACCAAACUGACUACCUGUACUUUGGUGUCAGCAUUUGUUAAUUUAUUGGAAGAUCUUGUUUGUAAAAUCAGAAACUGCAUAAUUUCAUAUAUUGUACACAAUGUGUGUGGUAAGGGUGCAAAAUUAAUUACACAAACAGAACAAUUCAUAAAUGCACCAACUGUAACUUCAUAGCAAAAAGCAAAUAACAUCAUACAUACAGGUAUCUCUCACUAUUAUUUUGUUUCCACUGCAGGUGUCAGUGUGAGUGUCAGAAUUACGAUGAUUUAAACGCGUAUGCAGUUGAUCUUAGUCGCAAAUUGCGUACUUAAAUUAUGGAAAAGUGCAUUUGAGAGAUUUCUGUACAGUUGGGCAUUUUAAAGUCGGUUAUUUGAACAUUUGGUCAUGCUUUCUGUAUGAAGAAUAAUCGCGUCGCGUUCUUAAUCGCAGUGCUUUUCAGCAGAAUGGGCACGUUCACAGAGUCCUGCGUCCUUUACGGUCGUUUUCGCGUUUCAUGUAUACACGUCCUUUGUCGCUUCCAUAUUUUGUAUCAUGCCUUUAAGUCCUUUGCUUUACCUUUGUUUUUAAAAUCAAUCAAGGCUUGAAAUUGUGAAGGUUGAUGUUGGGGGAUUCCUUAUUGAACCCAGUGAGUGGAAUUAGUGCAGACAGACAUAACUGAACCAUUUAUUUUAUUUUAUUUUAUUUUAUUUUAUUUGUGUUUGCGUAAUGCCGAUGCUGCUUGCCAUAGUUCCCCGGCGUGGGUAGCCUGAGUAAACGUGCGCACCUACUGAGUUAUUUGGUAAAGGAUUUAUUGCGAAUCUCACAGAUCCUUCCCCUGUCCUGCCUCAGGGUUGUUGUCCUAAAACACAGACACAUUAAUAAGCUAUCCGCCUGCUAACUGUACUAAAACAAGGCACCGUCCUCUCAUGACUAUCAGUUCCAGCAUAAAAAUCCACAUUUGAGCUGCUUGUUAAUUCAGGCUGUUCCUUUUCUGAUUAAGUCAACCCUCCCCCCAACCCCAACCUCCUGUGCAGUUAAGCGCUUAGAAAUUCAACAGACGUUGCAUUCUUGAAGUUACCUCUACUGUUCACGAUGUUUUUUUCUCUCUCUCUGACAUAAACCGGACAGAUUCGAUUGUUAAUGUAAGUGAAAUCACAAUUUCAAGCCUUUUUUCAAAGUGCAUCUUCCACACUAUCCUCAACCAGACAGUAGCUGUUCUGAAAAAAUGAAACCGAUCACAAAGCAUGGAGAAGAGCUACUCUUUAAAUGGUGAAAAAAAAAAUACAAAAAAAAUAAAAAUACUAUUUAUUAUCUUUUCUGACACCUGUGGUAUGUUGGAGUGAAGGUCUCUGCUGUGUAAAUUUCCCUCUUGUAGUGCGUAAAGUGAGACAUUGUAUAUAGAUGUAAAUACCUCCCAGGAUGUUUUGAAACCUUCUCUUUGUACUAGGUUAAACUUGCAUAGAUUGUGGGGUUCCAACAGUGAGAAGGUUAACUCGCUGCUGGUAAUGUAAGUGUAUUUUUUUUCUUUCUUUUUUUUCCUCUUUUUUUUGUACAAUGUAGUUGAAUUGUGUACAUAUUGUUUGAGCAGCUAGUCAGUGGGGGAUUUGUUGAUGCCGUUGUCAGUACUGUCAAAGAUCCAGCACUGUCACCUCUCGCUGUGUUGAUAUCCUGCAAAACAAACAAAACGAGUAAAAAAAAAAAAAAAAUACAAAAUACAUUUUAAAAAACUUAAAAUGAGAGUAAGUAAAAUUAAAAAUUAAAAAAAUUGGAAAAAAAAAUAUUUUCUACAGUUGCAUGUACAGAGAGCGCGAGAAAUGCUGUUUGUCCCUCAGAGAUUAUGUUCGUAAAUAAAUUUUAAAAAUACA